CGAAGAACUGAAUUACAGUCUUCCGCUUGUGAACAGAAGGAAGGGUCAGUCAAAUAACUGCAAAAAUGUCUGUGUCUGAAGGAGAAAGUGUCGAGAAGGCAAAAAUAGAUGAAAUCAUUGCAAAGGCGAAGCUCGCGGAGCAGUCUGAACGGUAUGAUGAUAUGGCGACGAUGAUGAAGAGUCGGGUAGUUUUAAAGGAGCUGCUUACGAACGAGGAAAGGAAUCUACUUUCUGUCGCCUACAAAAAUGUCGUGGGUGCUCGACGGUCCUCUUGGAGGGUUAUCUCUAGUAUCGAACAGAAAAAGGCAUCUGAUACCGGAGACAAGAAGAAGCCAAUUGUUGCAGAGUAUAAAAAAAAAAUCACCAUUGAACUUCAAAAUAUUUGCGAGGAAGUACUGACAUUGCUUACAAAACAGCUUAUACCUCCAGUUGAAUAUCCCAGAGAUACAUCUGGACCAAACGAUGAAAAGGAGAGCUAUGUUUUCUACCUGAAGAUGAAGGGAGACUAUUACCGAUACUUAGCAGAGGUUUACGAGCCAGAGAGUUCACCAGCAAAUUCAACAGAAAAAAAUUCAACAGGGAAUAAGGAAAAGAUCAUCUGUGAGUCGAAGGAAGCAUAUGAAAAGGCUUAUGAAAAAGCAUGUGAAUAUAUGCAGCCAACACAUCCAAUCCGGCUAGGGCUCUCGCUGAAUUACUCGGUGUUCUUUUAUGAAAUUGAUAAUAGCCCAGAGCAGGCAUGCAAAACAGCUAAGAAGGCAUUCGAUGAAGCUAUUGCAGAAUUAGACACAUUAAGCGAGGAUUCCUAUAAAGACAGUACAUUGAUAAUGCAGUUACUACGAGAUAAUCUCACAUUGUGGACAUCUGACACUCAGCCAGAUAACCAGGAGGAAUCACUCAACUGAUGGAAUGGCUGUGGCCAAAGACUUGAGUGAUUGGUCAUCCCUGUGUGAACUGACAGUCGUUCAUUAGUACGAAUGAAAGACUAGAUAUAUGUUAUCUGGAGGAAAGGCUGUGCCAGGAUUUCACAUGCGGUCAUCUUAGUAGGAGGGAAAGAUGGCCACUAUUUACAUCAAAUUCAUCAACUUUUUUGAUUUGCAUGUGACUUGUGGAAGAUUUCUUGAAACAAAACAAAGAAUAACUGCCUCGUUUUAAUACCAUGUUAUUAUUAUUAUGAAAUACUGCUAUUUCUAUGUUAGUUGAUUAAUACUAUAUAAUAGAGCAGACACGAGAUCAGUGUUGCUAAUACAUAACCAGUGGACGGCUCUCGACAUGAAAGUGCAUGUGCAGCCAUAUCAUUCUUGGACCGUGUACCAUGUACCUGUGCAAGUGGAUGUAGUAUAUAUGUGAUCUGUAUGUGUGGCGCUUUUUUUGUUUUCAUUGUUGCCAUGCCUAUCACAUGGAUUGUCGUGACAUCCCCUUUCACAAUGUUAUAUUUGUAUAUGUAUUAUUCCUUACAUAAAACAAUAUAGGAGGUAAACUUGUUGAUUAAUGUUUUAUUUUUGUUUAAAUCUCCAAUGGUAUUUUAGUUUAUAUCUUGGUGAUCUAAUAUAACGGGCAUCAAUAAUUUUGAAUUAAUUUUUGGAACAGAUAGUGCUUUUGGAUUUUUGAAUGUCUAAAGAACAAUUGUUAGGAUUUUAGAAUGUCUACAGAAGAUAGCAUAUAUAUGAUUGGAAACUUUUAGGAAACUCUUCAUGAAAUGGUUUAUAGGCAGUUUCCUGUAUAAAAAAAACAACCCACAUUUGAUGACUAAAACAAUGCCUGUGAUCAGUUAUUGGAUUACAACGCACCUGUCCCUGGAUUGUAGAAUUGAUUUUGUUUGUAGCCCUAACCAACCUCACCAGUUUAGAAUUCAUUACGUUAUUGUAUCAGGAGUAACAAAUAGACUUUAUAUGUCUACUGUUGCCGUAGCAUUGUAUAACCACAUAGGAGUGCAUACAGUUUUGAUGUCCUUCAAUGUAAUUUUCUGGUGAAUGUUUCAAUUUAAUUUCACUACGACAAAGCUUAAUGUUUAAGAAAUUCAUUUACCCAUGUCAUUCUCAGCGCAGAUCAAAACUUUCUCCUGCAUUUUCAAUAUACCAGUGUUUCUCAGGUUUAGUGGAUACCUUGUGUGAAAAAAAAUAAAUGUACCAAUAAAUCUCAACCGUGUUUUGUUCCUCGGGAAGAAUUAAAACGUCCGUGGUGGCAUUGAUGGUUUGGUGUCAAAGCUGUAAGCACCUUUAAUCACACUUACAAAUUUAUACAGGUUUUGUAAGCCACAGGGCACAUCCAACCAUUCCCCAACACAGAAUUGUAAUGGACAUCUUGCCAACUGUUCAAUCAAACCACCGUAUAAUAAAAUGAAAAAGCUUUGCAAAAUUUAAAUGGGUUCAUUUGUAUGUUGAAUUGUAUGCGACAUUUAUGCCUCAAAGCUUCAAACAGUUGAAAAGAUUGAAAUGUUUUGUAUUCUGUAAGUGUAUGCGAUGUGUGGUGUAGUCCUUUCUAGUGCACAGAUUUGGUCUUGUAACUCUUUCUACACUUUGAGAACAACUUUUCCCUAAAAAAAGGUAUUUAUUUUCUGUCCCACAAAAACAUUAGCAUUAACUGCAGUCUGCACUUUAUAUGCAUUUAAGUGUAUGAUGCAGGUUGUCUCUGCUUGCUUUCAUCCAGCCUUUGUAAACCUGGAAUGAACAGUUAUAAUCAUGGUACUUCAAAAAAAAGUACAAGUUAACUCUUGAUGUAUAUGUGUUAUAUUGUUACUGUGUGGUGAAUAGUACAUGUAUUACCAAAAUUCUUCCACAAUACACGUUUUCAUGGGCAAGAAUAAGUCCUUUCUUUGUAGUAGAAGGAUAAUGUACUCCUAAUAUUAUUUUGAGUUCAUAAGCAAGGACAGUUGAUGUUGACGAGCAGCAAUCUUCGUGACACAGGGGUACCUAUCACCAGCCAACAUUCAUAGGAUGCUCUUCAUCUCUGGGGUGUUCACUAACAGGAUGGCAGAAAUAGUGAAUUGGAUCAUUUUCAUGUAGUGUUUAUGAUCUAGGAGAAGUCCUUCAUUGAAAGGGUACUAUCUUGCGCUUCUAAACAUCUCGAGUUGCCAUGUUAAAAUGUUCCUCCAUCAAAUCUGGAUAUAUGUGGCCUUACAUAUUAAUGUUCUUCUGUUGUGCUUCUUCACUGUUCCUUCUUCUUUUAGAUGGGUCAAGCAACAAGAUUAAACAGCUUUUAACAAAGGUUUCAUUGCUGAUUUUUUUUUUCAGAACAUGUGGCCUAUUUAGGAUCUUUUAGCCAGUCCUAGUGCUGUGACGUAAUGUGAAAGUGUUAUGAUUUUAAUUCUUUGUUUUAACAUGUGCUUUUGAAAAAUCAUCCCCAUGUUUUGAUGUUUCGUAUAUAACUUGUGUAUGUAUACAUAUAUGUAUUUGUGAUAUAUAUGUAUAUGUACAUAUCAAUAUAUAUGGCCGUUCAUAUAUAUAUAUAUACCUGUGCGUGUGUACCUAUUCAGACCCAUCUGUCUGGGUUUGUGCAUGCUCCUGUAUCAAGAAGAUUUACACCUUGUUUUCACUAUCCAUUUCCCACUCCUCUUUAGAAAAAGCUUUAAAGAAAAAAAAAUUAAAAAAAAUUGAAACGGAAUUAAAAUCAAACACUACUGCUGUAAAAGAAUACCAAGUACAACACGGAGAACGGAAUCUUGUUUCUUUUCGAAAUUGUUAAAAUUGUGGUAAAGGCCAUACACAUUGUAUGAACGUUGAUUUGAAUGUAUAUGAGGUUUAAAUACGACUUGUCGUAUCCAUCACACAUUAGUCCUUUAACUGUUUAUGUUCUUGGCUUUACACUCCCUUUUUUUCUUCUCUUAUCAACACUGAUGACAACCCAGUGCAUUGAAAAUAAAUGUUUUGUCGGAACAUC